UCUGUUGUUCACCGCCUCGCAGGAUAUCGUUGUCGAGCUUUGCCAGUCGCCACAGCUCGGCGGGCAUGAUCCCCGCGUUUCGUCUAAUCUUGUAAGUUCUUCGUGACUGGUCUAGAGUUGAGACCUGGAAAGAGUGUGGGAGAGGGCAGAAGCUUAUUAUCUGCUGUCCUUUAUCUUCCCAAUUUGAUUUCGCCUGUGGAGUUUGCUUCGAAUGCUUGAUUUAUUCUCUGAUGCGUGGUGGAGUUAAGCUUCAUUAGAGAAUGGCGCGAGUGGAAGAGCUUUGGGAGCGGUUGGUGCGUGCAGCACUGAGGAGGGAACGUACUGGGGCAGACACAUUGGGCCAACCCGCUAGUGGGAUUGCCGGAAAUGUACCGUCUUCCCUUGCAAACAGUAGAAAUAUUGAUUCUAUUUUAAGAGCUGCUGACGAGAUUCAAGAUGAAGACCCCAAUGUAUCAAGAAUACUAUGUGAGCAUGCUUAUUCAUUGGCGCAGAACUUGGACCCUAACAGUGAAGGCAGAGGUGUGUUACAGUUCAAGACCGGUUUGAUGUCUGUUAUCAAGCAAAAACUUGCAAAGAGGGAGGAUGGAAGCAUAGAUAGGAGUCAGGACAUUGCUCGUUUAAGGGAAUUCUACAAGCAAUUUAGAGAGAAGAAUAAAGUAGAUGAGUUGCGAGAGGAUGAAAAGAAAUUAAGGGAGUCAGAUGCCUUCAGUGUUAACCUUGGAGAGUUGGAACGUAAAACUGUGAAAAGGAGAAGGGUGUUUCAAACUUUAAAAGUUCUAGGAAUGGUAUUGGAGGAUCUUACAAAGGAGGUUUCUCCUGAAGAUGCGGAAAGGUUGAUCCCUGAAGAGCUAAAACAAGUAAUGGAAUCUGAUGCAGCAAUGACAGAGGACCUGAUUGCUUAUAACAUUAUUCCUCUGGAUGCCUCAAUUAUGACGAAUGCUAUCGUGUUGUUGCCUGAGGUACGAGCGGCGAAGUCAGCUUUGAGGUACUUUAGGGGCCUACCAAAGUUGCCCGUUGAUUUUCCUGUUCCUGCUACAAGGAAUGCAGAUAUGCUUGAUUUUCUGCAGUUCUUCUUUGGAUUUCAGAAAGAUAAUAUUUGUAACCAGCGGGAACAUAUAGUGCACCUACUUGCUAAUGAACAAUCUCGACUUGGCAUUCCUGAAGAAUUUGAACCAAAAAUAGAUGAGGCUGCUGUGCAGAAGGUAUUCCUGAAGUCCCUAGAUAACUACAUCAAAUGGUGCAGCUACUUGAUUAUUUCACCAGUUUGGGGCAAUUUGGAGGCUGUGAGCAAGGAGAAGAAGAUACUAUAUGUUUCUGUGUGGUUUCUGAUAUGGGGUGAAGCUGGCAACAUAAGAUUUCUUCCAGAGUGCUUAUGCUACAUAUUUCAUCAUAUGGUAAGGGAACUUGAAUUGAAUUUACGACAGCAGAUUGCACAGCCAGCAGAUAGUUGCAAGAUAGAGAGUGGAGUAUCAUUCCUUGAGAAAGUUAUUUCUCCCCUGUAUGAAGUUGUUGCGGCGGAAGCUAAUAACAAUGACAAUGGACGGGCACCUCAUUCUGCCUGGAGAAAUUAUGAUGAUUUUAAUGAGUACUUUUGGUCACUAAAUUGUUUUGAACUAAGCUGGCCAUGGCGCGAACGCUCAUCUUUCUUUAUGAAGCCCAAACCCAGGUCAAAGAACUGGCUUUCACCCAGUGGAGGACAGGGUAGAGGGAAGACUUCUUUCGUGGAGCACCGAACGUUUCUUCAUCUUUAUCAUAGUUUCCACCGUCUGUGGAUAUUUCUUUUUAUGAUGUUUCAGGGACUCACCAUCAUUGCCUUUAAUGGGCAGUUCAAUAAGAAGACUAUAAUACAAGUUCUAAGUCUUGGCCCAACAUUUGUGUUAAUGAAGUUUUUCGAAAGUAUCCUGGAUAUUCUUAUGAUGUACGGUGCAUAUUCUACAACACGACGUCUUGCUGUUUCUCGAAUAUUUUUCCGUUUCCUCUGGUUUACAGCUGCUUCGGUCUUCAUAACAUUCCUUUAUGUAAAAGCUCUCCAGGAGUAUAGUAAUAAUUCUACUUCAGCAAUUUUCAAGAUAUAUGUCUUUGUUAUAGCCAUCUAUGCUGGUGCCCAGCUUUUCUUCAGUUUCCUUAUGCGAAUACCAGCUUGCCAUAUUCUGACUAAUAGUUGUGAUCGUUGGUCUGUUAUUCGCUUUUUCAAGUGGAUGCACCAGGAACAUUACUAUGUUGGACGUGGGAUGUAUGAAAGGCCAACUGAUUUUAUCAAGUAUGUGCUUUUCUGGUUGGUGGUUUUGGGGGCGAAGUUUUCAUUUGCUUACUUUCUCCUGAUCAAGCCAUUGGUGACACCGACACAAACUAUAGUAAAAUACAAUAAUUUGCAGUAUUCAUGGCAUGAUUUGGUAUCUAAAAAUAACCAUAAUGCUCUGACAGUUGCUACCUUAUGGGCCCCAGUAUUUGUUAUUUAUCUCCUAGAUAUUCAUGUGUUCUACACAAUUAUAUCAGCUGUUGUGGGAUUCUUGCUUGGGGCAAGGGAUCGUUUGGGCGAGAUUAGAUCAUUGGAAGCUGUGCACAAACUCUUUGAGAAGUUUCCUGCGGCUUUCAUGGAGACUCUUCUCGUUCCUGUUCCCAAAAGGACUUCCGGCCAGUCUCCUGAUUCGGAGGUUAAGAAGAGCAAGUUCAUUGCUGCUCAGUUUUCUCCCUUUUGGAAUGAGAUUAUUAGAAAUUUGCGGGAAGAAGACUAUAUCAAUAAUCUGGAAAUGGAGUUGCUUCUCAUGCCUAAAAAUUCUGGGAGUCUUCCUUUGGUUCAGUGGCCCCUAUUCCUUCUUGCUAGCAAGAUAUUUAUGGCUAAAGAUAUUGCUGUUGAAAACAAAGACUCGCUAGAUGAGCUGUGGGAAAGGAUCACAAGGGAUGACUACAUGAGAUAUGCAGUUGAGGAGUGUUACCAGACCAUUAGACUUAUCUUGGAAGAAAUACUAGAUGAUGAUGGGAGGAUGUGGGUGGAGAGAAUAUAUGGAGAUAUUCAAGAAAGCAUAUCAAAGAAAUCGAUCCAUGUUGACUUGCAGCUAAGUAAGCUGCCACUUGUGAUUUCUAGGGUUACUGCACUGACUUGGAUACUGAGAGAAAAAGAAACACCUGAAUUGCAAAUGGUAGCAGUUAAAGCUGCCCGGGAUCUCUAUGAUGUAAUCCAACAUGAUUUCCUUUCUGUUAAUAUGAGGGGUCACUACGAGACAUGGAUCACAUUAUCAAAAGCACGGACUGAAGGUCGCCUCUUUUCAAAAUUAAAGUGGCCCAAAGAUGCUGAGUUUAGAGCAAGAGUUAAGAGGUUACAUUCACUGUUAACCAUCAAAGAAUCAGCUGCUAAUAUUCCAAUAAACCUGGAGGCAAGACGUAGAUUAGAGUUCUUCACAAAUUCCCUCUUUAUGGAAAUGCCUGCUGCAAAGCCAGUUCGUGAGAUGUUGUCAUUUAGUGUUUUUACUCCAUAUUACUCCGAGACUGUGCUUUAUAGCAUGCCUGAGCUGCUCAAGAAAAAUGAAGAUGGGAUAUCAAUUUUAUUUUACCUUCAAAAGAUAUUUCCAGAUGAAUGGAAGAACUUCCUUUCUCGAAUCGGUCGUGAUGAAAAUUCUGUUGAGUUGGAACUUUUUGAUAGUCCUAAUGACAUCUUGGAGCUUCGCUUUUGGGCUUCUUAUCGGGGACAGACAUUGGCUAGGACUGUUCGUGGAAUGAUGUAUUAUAGAAAGGCUCUUAUGCUUCAGAGCUAUUUGGAAAGAGGGAGCACUGGAGGUUUGGACUUUCUAAUUUACUAUUUUAAAGUUACUGUUUGCCUUGAAAAAAUUGUUAUGUAUUCAUAUCAUACCUUGGCAAUGGCAGAUGUGGAAGCUACACUUUCGAGUAAUGAUGCAAAUGACACCCAAGGUUAUGAGUUAUCUCCAGAAGCUCGAGCGCAAGCAGAUCUGAAGUUUACAUAUGUAGUUACUUGUCAAAUUUAUGGGAAACAGAAGGAAGAACAAAAACCAGAGGCUGCAGAUAUUGCGUUAUUAAUGCAACAGAAUGAAGCUCUUCGAGUUGCUUUCAUUGAUGAGGUUGAGACACUAAGGGAUGGUAAAGUUCACAAGGAGUAUUAUUCAAAACUUGUGAAGGCUGACAUCAGUGGGAAAGACAAGGAAAUCUACUCUAUCAAAUUGCCCGGGAAUCCAAAACUUGGUGAAGGAAAACCUGAAAAUCAAAAUCAUGCCAUUGUUUUUACACGUGGAAAUGCAGUUCAAACAAUUGAUAUGAAUCAAGAUAAUUAUUUUGAAGAAGCAUUGAAGAUGAGAAAUCUUCUUGAAGAGUUCCACCGUGAUCAUGGUCUUCAUCCUCCCACUAUUCUUGGUGUCAGAGAACAUGUUUUUACAGGAAGUGUUUCUUCAUUAGCUUUAUUCAUGUCCAACCAAGAAACAAGCUUUGUGACCUUGGGUCAACGUGUUUUGGCAAAUCCUCUGAAGGUCCGCAUGCAUUAUGGCCAUCCUGAUGUUUUUGAUAGAAUUUUCCACAUAACAAGAGGCGGCAUCAGCAAGGCUUCCCGUGUUGUUAACAUUAGUGAAGAUAUUUAUGCAGGCUUCAAUACAACUUUACGCCAAGGCAAUAUAACUCAUCAUGAGUACAUACAGGUCGGGAAAGGACGAGAUGUUGGGCUCAAUCAAAUUGCUUUGUUUGAAGGAAAAGUAGCUGGUGGCAAUGGCGAACAAGUCCUUAGCAGGGACAUUUACAGACUUGGGCAGCUUUUUGAUUUCUUCCGUAUGCUGUCAUUCUAUUUUACCACUGUUGGGUUCUAUUUCUGUACUAUGCUUACGGUGUUGACUGUUUACGUUUUCCUAUAUGGGAAAGCAUAUCUGGCACUGUCUGGAAUUGGUGAAGAGAUCGAUGUUAGGGCUAACAUAACACAGAAUACUGCCCUAAGUGCUGCUCUUAAUACACAGUUCCUCUUCCAAAUUGGAGUCUUCACCGCUGUGCCAAUGAUUCUGGGUGUCAUCUUGGAACAGGGUUUUCUAAGGGCUGUUGUUGGCUUUAUUACAAUGCAGCUUCAACUUUGUUCCGUCUUUUUCACUUUUUCUCUUGGCACAAGAACUCAUUAUUUUGGUCGAACUAUUCUCCAUGGUGGUGCAAGGUACCAAGCAACAGGUAGAGGGUUUGUGGUCCGCCAUAUAAAAUUUUCAGAGAAUUACAGGCUUUACUCUCGUAGCCAUUUUGUUAAAGGAUUAGAGGUUGUGCUUUUGUUGGUUGUAUACCUUGGAUAUGGAUAUAACAAAGGCCUGGCGUACAUCCUUCUCACUAUCAGCAGUUGGUUCAUGGCAUUUUCUUGGCUUUUUGCUCCCUAUCUGUUCAAUCCAUCUGGUUUUGAGUGGCAAAAGACAGUGGAGGAUUUCAAAGACUGGACAAACUGGCUAUUCUAUAGAGGUGGUAUUGGAGUCAAGGGAGAGGAAAGCUGGGAAGCUUGGUGGGAUGAGGAACUGUCACAUAUCCGGACGCUGGAGGGGAGGAUAAUGGAGAUUAUAUUGAGCUUGAGAUUUUUCAUUUUUCAGUAUGGCAUUGUUUACAAGCUGCAUGCAUCGGGAUCAGAUACCUCCUUGACGGUUUAUGGCAUAUCAUGGGCUGUGCUGGCUGUGGUGAUAAUUCUUUUUAAGGUGUUUACCUUCAGCCAAAAGAUAUCGGUCAAUUUCCAGCUUCUUUUACGCUUUAUCCAGAGCCUCUCCUUCAUGCUAGCACUUGCCGGGUUGGCAGCUGCAGUUAUAUUUACAAAGCUGUCUUUUCCAGAUAUAUUUGCGUCCAUCCUAGCAUUUGUACCCACUGGGUGGGGAAUCCUUUCUAUUGCUGUUGCUUGUAAGCCUUUGAUGAAGCAGCUGGGACUGUGGAAAUCAAUCCGUUCAAUUGCACGACUUUAUGAUGCGGGAAUGGGGAUGCUCAUUUUCAUCCCCAUUGCUCUCUUCUCAUGGUUGCCCUUCGUGUCAACAUUCCAGACUCGACUCAUGUUUAAUCAAGCAUUCAGCCGAGGGUUGGAGAUCUCACUUAUCCUUGCUGGUGACAACCCCAAUUCAGGGCUGUAGUUAUAGGUUCAAAUCUUAUAGCAUCAUUGUAUGUAUUUAUAACCUUAACUGUUGUCACUUCUUGUCAUAGCUCUUCUGUUUUUUCCUGUUUAAUUUCCAUGUGUGGAUGCUCUGUUCAGCAUUUUGUCGAUUAACAUUGUAACAAUUUGGAUCGCUGACACAUUGUAGCCGGGGGUGGGAGGGGAGAUAAAAACCAAAGGAUUGGAUUAAUAUAAAUAUUCUUGUAUUGUAUAAAAUCAGCUGUUAGUUUUCACUAUCA